CGCGGGUGAAGGUCUACACGCUCAACGAGGAUCGGCAAUGGGACGACAGGGGCACCGGGCACGUCUCCUCCAGCUACGUGGAGCGGCUGAAGGGGAUGUCGCUGCUGGUGCGCGCCGAGUCGGACGGUUCACUACUGUUAGAAUCGAAGAUAAAUCCAAAUACUGCAUAUCAAAAACAGCAGGACACCCUGAUUGUUUGGUCAGAAGCAGAAAACUAUGAUUUAGCACUGAGUUUUCAAGAAAAAGCUGGCUGUGAUGAAAUUUGGGAGAAAAUCUGCCAGGUUCAGGGCAAGGAUCCUUCAGUGGAAGUCACACAGGACCUUAUUGAGUCAGAAGAGGAGCACAUAGAGGAGAUGCCUGAAACCAGUCCUCUGAUUGACCUUCCUACUUGUGAACUCAACAAACUUGAAGAGAUUGCUGACCUAGUUACCUCUGUUCUUUCCUCACCCAUCCGUAGGGAAAAGCUGGCUCUGGCCCUGGAGAAUGAAGGCUACAUCAAAAAACUGCUGCAGCUUUUCCAAGUCUGUGAGAAUUUAGAGAACACUGAAGGCUUGCAUCACUUGUAUGAAAUUAUCAGAGGGAUUUUGUUCCUCAACAAAGCAACUCUGUUUGAGGUGAUGUUCUCUGACGAGUGUAUUAUGGAUGUGGUUGGAUGCCUCGAGUAUGAUCCUUCUUUGGCUCAGCCAAAACGGCACAGGGAGUUCUUGACCAAAACAGCAAAAUUUAAGGAGGUUAUUCCUAUUACAGACUCUGAACUCAGGCAAAAAAUCCACCAGACUUACAGGGUACAGUAUAUUCAGGACAUCAUCUUGCCGACACCAUCUGUUUUUGAAGAGAAUUUUCUUUCUACCCUCACUUCCUUUAUUUUCUUCAACAAAGUUGAGAUUGUCAGUAUGUUGCAGGAGGACGAGAAGUUUUUAUCAGAGGUUUUUGCACAAUUGACAGACGAAGCUACAGACGACGACAAACGGUGUGAACUGGUGAACUUCUUCAAGGAAUUCUGCGCCUUUUCUCAGACGUUACAACCUCAGAACAGAGAUGCGUUUUUCAAAACUUUGGCAAAGCUGGGAAUUCUUCCAGCUCUUGAAAUUGUAAUGGGAAUGGAUGAUCUGCAAGUUAGAUCUGCUGCUACAGAUAUAUUUUCUUAUCUAGUAGAAUUUAGCCCAUCCAUGGUCCGAGAAUUUGUGAUGCAAGAGGCCCAGCAGAGCGAUGAUGACAUCCUCCUCAUCAAUGUGGUGAUUGAGCAGAUGAUCUGCGACACGGAUCCCGAGCUGGGGGGAGCUGUUCAGCUCAUGGGGCUGCUGAGGACCCUGAUUGACCCAGAGAACAUGCUGGCCACAGCCAAUAAAACAGAAAAGAGUGAAUUUCUCAAUUUCUUCUACAACCAUUGUAUGCACGUUCUCACUGCUCCGCUGCUGGCCAAUACAUCAGAAGAUAAAUGUGAAAAAGAUGCAGUAGUUGGAUCCACUAAGAGUAAUACAAUUUGUCCUGAUAAUUACCAAACAGCACAACUACUUGCCUUAAUUUUGGAGCUGCUUACUUUUUGUGUGGAACACCACACGUAUCACAUCAAGAAUUACAUUAUGAACAAAGACUUGCUAAGAAGAGUACUGGUCUUGAUGAAUUCAAAACACACCUUUCUGGCCUUGUGUGCUCUUCGCUUUAUGAGGAGGAUCAUUGGGCUGAAGGAUGAGUUUUAUAACCGUUACAUCACCAAGGGGAACCUCUUUGAGCCAGUCAUCAAUGCCCUGCUGGACAAUGGCACUCGCUACAACCUGCUCAACUCUGCUGUCAUCGAGCUCUUUGAGUUCAUCAGAGUGGAAGAUAUUAAGUCCCUUAUUGCACACAUAGUUGAAAAUUUCUACAAUGCACUUGAAUCUAUUGAGUAUGUACAAACAUUCAAGGGACUGAAGACAAAAUAUGAGCAGGAGAAGGACCGACAAAGCCAGAAGCUGAACAGUGUCCCAUCCAUAUUGCGUAGCAAUAGAUUCCGCAGGGAUGCCAGAGCCUUGGAGGAGGAUGAAGAAAUGUGGUUCAAUGAAGAUGAAGAGGAAGAAGGCGAAGCUGUUGUACCUCCAGUUGAGAAGUCAAAACAGGAGGAUGAUUUUCCAGAUAGCUAUGAGAAAUUUAUGGAAACUAAAAAAGCUAAGGAGAGUGAAGACAAAGAGAAUCUUCCAAAAAGGACUACAGCUGGGGGAUUCAAAUUCACUUUUUCCCACUCAGCCAGCGCAGCCAACGGUGCGAACGGUGCAAACAGCAAAUCUGUGGCAGCUCAGACAUCACCAGCGAGCUCCAACGGCUCCUCCUCCAAGAGCACGGCCCUGAGCCCAGCACUGCCGGCCCCCAAGGGAAGUCUAGUUGGGCUAGUGGAUUAUCCUGAUGAUGAAGAUGAUGAUGAAGAAGAGGAGACAUCUCCAAGGAAAAGACCUCGUCUGGGUUCAUAAAAGAAACCAAAAGUUUGGAAUAAGAACUUUUAUUAUGGGGUUUCAAAUGCUGCAACUGUUUUAAGAGCUAAAAAGAAUCUGAUUCAGAAAGCUUUCUCCCAUGGGUAUAUAAGAUAAUACAAGGAGUAGCAAAAGAAACUCGGUGUAUCAGCUAGAAAGGGUUAGUUCUGUAAACACAAAGCUUCCAAGGAACUUAAUGUCUUUCUAGAAAGUAAGGAGUCUGCCAUUCAGGCUGUCAAAAAAAAAGAAAAAUAAAAAAAAAAAAGGUGGGUUAGUAUUCUCAGAACCUGGAUGAUGGCUUCUCAGCAAGGAAAGUCUCAGGUGUCGGGAGGGAAAGGGGGAGGGAAAGGUAUGGUAACACUUUUUUAAAAAUAUUGCAGGGUUUCCCCAGUGUUUAACAGAACUAGGAAAAAAAUUCAAGCUUAAAUUUUGAACCCAGUAAUCUUAAUUUUGUAAUGGUGCUGUCAGUUGUGUUCUUUUAGCAAUGCCUCUUUUAAAAAAGUUUUAAGGGAAAACUAACUCCAUUUGCAUAAGAACAAUCCAUAUUUUGGGACCAUUUAUUACCAACUAAACUGCAUUUCUCAUGGUUGGAGGGAGGGGCACUGCAGUUAUAGUGCAUGUUGAGUUGUUUAAAACAGUUCAAAGUUUUAAUUUGUAUUUUCCAAGAGGAGAGAAUGGAAGCUGGAUUCAAAAUGGAAAGUUUUGCUUGUUUUGUCAGUAAGACGUCCAGAGAUAUCUAUGCCAAGGAGCAGUGGCUUCCCAGGGGUCUGCAGGAGCUGCCUGUGUCAUGGUGGGGACAUCCCUCAGCUGUUGGCUCCAGGCUGGGAAGAGCCCAGAUUCCAGUGGUGUUCCAAGGGCUGCCUCCCUGUUUGGGAGCUGAAGUUGCAUGGUUGAGGUGGGAAUAAGAAACACUCACAGUUUCUCAGUGAUGGGCUGAGCAGCAUUUAACACCAAAGUCAGUUUGGACCAAGAGAACACCUUGAGGGCUUGGAGACAGAAUCCACAAGGAGCACCUGAACCUGGGGGUGGGACAAAGCUGCUUUUUAAAACACAAGAGCACAUUCCACAUAGGUGAGCGAGCUGUGACAGGAAUAGGGGAGCUCAUGGCAAGGUGGCAAACAGUCCAGGUUUUCUUUUCAAGAGCAGCACAUGAACUGUAAAUAUUUCAAUGUUAGUUUGCCCAUAUGUGAUCUGAGAUCAUAACUCAGUGAGAGGAGAUUUCCCAGCGACUGUGUCAGAGAUGUUCAAGAUGGAACCAGCUGCAAUCCACCACAUAGAUCACUCUUGUAAUAUGUGUUAUGGGUCCAUUUCUCCUGGAAUAGUUUAAACUGAAGCAGUUUCUCUGUUUUGGAGAUUUUUGUAGUUAGUUUUAAUUUUAGCUCUUGUUUGGAAAAAGAUGGGCUGUCUGUGUAGAUAUGAAGUAUAGUUUUUUCCAUAAAACAGAAGUUUAUUUUGUAUUAAAGAUACCACUGUACUUGUUUUACACCAUUUGUAUACAUGUGGUGAUAUUAAUGCUGAACUGUAAAAUUCAGGAAUUAAAAUGUGACCCUGUAAUUCCA